ACGCGAGCGAGUCGCCACCACCGCCACAGUUUCGCCAGUGGGGGGGGUUGUUGUUGUUAGUGGUGGUGGUUGGUUGUGGCGGCGGCGGCGGUGGUGGUGGUCCUACCCCCUCCACCCCCCCGCACCCAGUGCUGCUUUCACAGAGGGGCUUGCCCAGGCUUCUUUUACAAAGUCGCCCCGGCUAACUGCGCUCGACUUCGCUGUUUUCGGUAGCGCGACGCGGCGAUUUUAAGGCGGAGCGCGACGGCCGCGUCCGCAGGUCGGAGUGGUGGUGGUGGUGUGGAUUUGUGAGGGGGAUUGUUUUUUUUAAAUAUAUAAAAAUAACAUUUUGUGUUUUUUUUUCCUAUCCCUCGACGAUCGGCGCCUUUGUUUCGCAUUUUUUUCCGCUUGGAAGCACGGCGAAGGCCCCAGAUGUGUGAGGCCGGCACGUAAAAGCAGCAUCAGCAAUGGCGUGUGCUCUCUUUGAACCUCUAAAGGAGGACUCUAGCUUCAGAUGGGAGGAGCCGCUACUCGAAGGAUAUGGCUCCGCCAAAGGCAAGGGGAAGAUGGUCAAUUUCCAUGCGGACGUCCAUCAGUCGAUGAAAGGCAAAAGGUUCUUAUGCACGGCUGACGGCAACUGUGAUGAAGCGUUCGACAGCAUAGAACUCCUCAUGGGGCAUAUGCGGGUUCACCAUCGGCCCACGCGGUUUUUCAGGUGCGAGAAGUGCGAGCAGAAGUUCAACACAAACCGCUCUCUCUUCAAGCACCUGCAUGUGUGCCUCAACCACGACGAGCCGGGUUCAGUGUUCGGGAGACGCAACACGCGUGCCACGACCGGCACGACUGCCGCUCCUCCCGCCAGCAUUAUGGCCGCCCCCGCCAGCAUAAUGGCGGCCUUCCCCGUCACUGCGGCCGCCGCUGGCGCGGACAUCGCGGCUGUCCCUUGUGGUGCCGAAGACGACCCUCUCGGUACCACGAUCGACCCCUCCGCCGAAAUCACGGCCACUGCCACCGACGUCGCGACCGCCCCUCCUGUCGCCGAUACCACCGCCGCUCCUGUCGGCGUCGCGGCCGCCCUUCCUUCUGACGUGACGGUCGCCCCCACUGACGCGGCAUCAGAGGAGAGGCGAGCGGUGGAUGAGAUGCCUGAUCUGACGUGCGAGCGCGCCGGUGUCCCGCCGACUCUACCGCCGCCGCCGCCACCGUCGCCGCCGCUAGGACUCCCUAGCGGCCUUCCGAUGCCAAAGCUGAAAUCCAGCGAGCAACAUGAGAUGCCGCACCUGAAGCUAGGCCCCGGUGGCGCGUCCAACGCCAGGCGCAAGCGUAAACGGCGCGUUGGCCGCCAGGGCGGCGCGGUCGAAGCACCGGCGGAGGAAGCGCCAUCGCCGGUGGCCGUGCUGCUACGGCCGGAGGCGAGCGCCGCCCCCACGCUGAAACGUGCGCUGCCGAGUGAGGACGCAAUGGAGAACUCGCAGGGACGGGCGUCGGCCGUGUCGGAUGGGAGCACAGAGGGCGCCAGUGCCGCUCCUCAGCACUUUGCUCCGCCGCGCCUGAGCCGCAGCAGCGAUGAAAGCGGGGAAGACAGCGCGCCGGCGCGGACCAGCCUGUCAAAGCGCAAGAGUAAGAAAGUUGGCGGCAAUGCCGGCAAAUCGACCGUGACUACGGCUGGUUCUGUUGCCCCUCCUCCGGCUCCGCCCCAUGGAGGUGAGGAGAGCGGUGAUGAUGGUGUGAUCACCGCGGUUUCAAAAGUCGGAAAGAAGAAGGGGGCGGGGCGAAUGGGUGACCUGAUUUUACCUGCCGGUGCCCCGCAUCUCGACUCCCCCUGUCGGCCGAGCCUCGGAGAAGCGGAGAGCGGCACGGGCGUGGUGGCUCGAACCAGCGAUCCCAAGGGGAAGAAAAAGGCCACCUCGGGUCACCCCGACACGACGAGCGCUGCCCACGGUGGUGGGGCGGACGGUGGCGACAGCGGGACGGCCCAGGCGGGACCGCCGAAGCGACGAAGGAAGGCAGUCGGCCGAGGCAGCGAGACGCGGAGUCGGGUGGCGGCGGCGGCGGGGAAAGGGGCGGGGAAAGCGUCGACAAAGACGCUGCUGCUCAAGUUGAGGACGGACAGGGCGGCCGGGGAGGAAACGCGGUGGAUCCGAGAAGAAGCUCGCGGCGACGGAUCCUCGUGCCCUGGCCCCGCUUUGCCGCCACUGUUGGCGUCGCAGGAGCGGGGGGCAGCGGCGGUGGCGCGAGAUGAUGCGAGCGACAGAGGCUGCGGGGCCUUGGCUAUGGCCUCCGGCAACACGGGAGCCAGCGGGACGGAGUCGCCGGUGGCAGACUGUGAUGACAGGACACCCCCUCCUCCAGCAUCUUCACCGCCGCCACCACCGCCGCCGGCCUGUCCAGUAAGCGCCGGGUGUCGUGGCAACACACGCGUGGCCUCUACACGUGCACCAACUGCUCCUUCAGCAGCCUGUGCCGCCAGGAGGCGACGCGCCACGUCUACGAGCACAGCCGCUAGCGCCCGACGCGCCAACAGCGGAACUCAGUUCGUACCUUGGGACAAGACUACUGGGCAUUAGAUGCUGUCAUCAAAAAUGGUUCUUUCACACGACAGAUCACCUCUCACCAAACGCCUCGAAAGUACAACUUUCAUUCUCACUUCUCCAUUUGGAGGAUCGUAACCUUAUCGUGGUGGUGGGGUAUGUGUGUUCCAAUGACCCUCGGAGCUAUGUCGCCUGGAGUCUUAUACUCCUGGUAGGGUCUUAGUGAACAGAUCUUGGGGGAGGUUCCAGACAUAUCGCGGUCCAAAAUACAAAAAUCAGAGAACCGCGCCCGGACAAAGAGAUAACGGGAUACACCCCUGGAGCUAGGCCUGGGGGUGGUAUUCGCCGGCAAGCACCUGGUGGCCGGGUGACCCAUGUAGCCUGGUCGGGCCCAGCCCGAAAUGGCUAUGUGGUGCUGUCCUGUUGGGCCCACCAACCGCAUGACGAAGGGUGAGGGGCAGGUGCUAUGACAGUAUAGCAGGGAGAGGGAUGGUCUUCAGACGGACUCAACCUUGGCGACGGACACUAGCUAUUGGGACGUGGAAUGUCGCGUCACUGGGGGGGGAAGGAUCCAGAGCUAGUGGAGGGGGUGGUCUCCUAUUCCGGAGUAAUCCCUGGUGAGAGGACCUGGGCGGGUGUGGGGAUACUCAGAAGCCCCCAGCUGGGUGCUGUUCAGCUGGAGUUUGUCCCAGUGGAUGAGAAGGUCACCUCAAUGAGACUUUGGGUCUCAGAAAGAAAAACUCUUUGACUGUUUGUGCUUAUGCACCAAACAGCAAUUCAGAGUAUUCGACCUUGGAGAUGGUGGGUCUAGUGCUCGACAGAGUGCCGCCUACCGACUCCAUAGUCUUACGAGGCGACUUCAACGCGCACGUGGGAAAGAUGGAGAUACCUGGAGAGGCGUGAUUGGGAGGAAUGGCCCCCCUGAUCCGAACCCAAAUGGUGAGAUGUUAUCAGAAUUCUGUACUAGUCACGGAAUGUCAAUAACAAACACCAUAUUCGAACACAAGGAUGCUCAAAAGUAUACUUGGUAUCAGAACACCUUGGACCUAAAGGUCAAUGAUUGACUUUCUAGUUGUAUCAUCGGACCUAAGACUGUAUGUUCUGGACACUUGGAUGAAGAGAGGGGCAGAGCUGUCAACUGAUCACCACCUGGUGGUAAGUUGGAGCCGAUGCUUGAGGCACAGACCAGAUAGACGUGGAAGGCCCAAGCGAAUAGUGCGAGUUUUCUGGGAAUGUCUGGCGGAAGACCCAGUGCAGAAAUAUUUCAACUUCCAACUUCUCCUUCGCUCCAGGGAAGGUUGUGGACAUUGAGUCCAAGUGAACGAUGAUCAGGACCUCGAUUGUGGAUGCAGCUGUGGUUUGAAGGCAGUUGGUGCCUGUCAUAGCGGAAACCCUAGGACCUGUUGGUGGACACCAGUGGUGAGGGAAGCUGUCAAGUUGAAGGAUGCUUUCUGAGCUAGGCUCAGAAAAAGGUCUACCGACUCGAUUGAGAGGUACUAGCUUGCCUAGAGCGCGGCAGGUGUCACUGAAGCGAAAGGCCGGGCGUGGGAGAAGUUUGGUGAGGCCAUGGAGAGGGACUAUCGGGGAUUCUCAAAGAUAUUCUGGUAAACCAACCGACGCCUGAGGAGUGGUCGACAGGACGUGGCCCAGGCUGUUUUUAGUAAGGGUAGCGUAACAUUGAACUCAACUAGGGAGAUAGUUGAGAGGUGGGAGGAACACUUUGAUGAGCUCCUUAACCCAGUGGACAUGCCCUCCUUUCAGGUGGCAGCCCUGUGGACAGCUGGGGGUGUCGGAUCCAUCACUGUUGCUGAAGUCGCUGUGGCGGUCGAAGGCCUUCGUAGCGGCAAAGCUGCUGGGGUGGACGAGAUUCGCCCAGAGUUGUUGGAAGCGCUGGACAGUGUAGGAGUGUUGUGGUUAACACUCCUCUUCAAUGUUGUAUGGUAGGUGGGUAUAGUACCUCUGGACUGGCAAACUGGGGUCGUGGUUCCCAUUUUUUAAAAGGGGAACCAGAGUAUGUGCUCCAACUACAGAGGAAUCACACUCCUCAGUGUCCCAGGUAAAGCCUAUGUCAGAGGGCUGGAGAGGAGGCUCCACCCGGUGGUUGAGUCUCAGAUUUAGGAGGAACAAUGCGGAUUCCGUCAUGGUCGUGGAACAAUGGACCAGUUCUUUUCCCUCUUACAGAUAUUUGAGGGGUCAUGGGAAUGUGCUUCUCCAGUCUACCUCUGCUUUGUAGACUUGGAAAAAGCAUUUGACCGUGUUCCCCGCAAGGUCUUGUGGCAUGUGCUGCGGUAGUGCCGCUUUUGUGCGCUAUCUGGUCUCUAUUCCCGGAGUGAGAGCUGUGUUCGUAUUUUUGGUGUUAAAUCAAAGUCGUUCACUGUGGGUGUUGGGCUCCGCCAAGGGAGCUUCUUGUCUCCACUCCUGUUUGUGAUUUUCAUGGACAAUAUCAAGGCGUGUCCAGUACGGGGGCCAUGGAGGUGGCAUCGCUGCCUUUUGCAGAUGACGUCCUCUUUUGCUCGUCAGUCUGUGAUCUCCAUCAUCUACUUGAACGGUUUGCUGCCAAAUGUGUAGAGGCUGGGAUGACGAUCAGCACCUCCAAAUCUGGAUUGUUCUCUCCAGGUGAGGGGGAACAGCUGCCCUUAGUGUAGGCGUUUAAGUACCUCGAGGUCUCCUUCGUGAGUGAUGGUAAGUGGGAGCGGGAGAUCGGCCGGCGGAUCGGUGCGGCGUCCGCAGUGUUGCGGGCGCUGUACCGUUCCGUGGUAGUGAAGCGUGAGCUGAGUUCUCGAACGAAGCUUCGGUUUACAGGUCGAUCUACAUUUCCACCCUCACCUCGGGUCACAAGCUUAAGGUAAUGACCAAAAGAAUGAGAUCACGGGUACAAGGGGCCAAAAUGAGGUAUCUCCGCAGGGUUGCCGAGCUCACUCCGUGAUCGGAUGAGGAGCUUGGUAAUCCGGGAGAACUUCACAGUUGAGCCACUGCUUCUCCCGAUUGAGGAGCCAGUUGAGGUGGUGUGGACACCUGGUAAGGAUACCCCCCCGGUAGACUCCCCCUGAAACUCUACCGGGCAUGAUCCACUGGGCGAAGACCCCGGGGCCAGCUCGGGACACGCUGGCGAGACUGUCGCUCGACUGGCCUGGGAAUGCCUGGGAAUUCCCCGGACAGAGCUGGAGUGUGGCACCAGGGAAAGGGAGAUCCAGACCGCUCUACUCAACAUGCUGCCGCCCACGACCCUCACCAGGACAAGCGUAUUGAGAAACGAACGAACGUCUCCAUUAACAAGAGACUCGAAGUGAACGGGGCAGAGACUGCACGAUGGAUCGUCUUGCAACGGUAGCGCUCCUGCGCCGACUCAGAACGGCUCUGUAAUACAUUUGGGUAAAAACGUUACAAAAGCAUGAAAUAUUUCAUCGCUAGUUUUCAACUCGUACAAGAUUGAGUGUUGCGGCCAAACAUGCCCAGAAAUAUUUUGUUGUACUUUAGUCAUUUUUGCUGCGAACACCAAAAGUUAAAAAGAUAACUAGAAAUGAAAAGGUGAAGCACGAUAGCUGGCUCUACUGCUAGGAGCUGAUUAGCUAGUUGGGGUUAGUGGUAGGGUUAGAAUCUGGUUGGCUAGUUUGGUUAGGGUUAGUGUUUGGCUUUUGUGGUUAGGGGUAGGGCUAAUCAUUGGUUGGCUACUGUAGUGAGGUGUAGGGUUGAUGUUGGCUUUUUAAGAUGAGGGGGUCAGGCUCUAGGGUCUGAUGGGCUAGUGUGGUUGGGGGUAGUGCUAGGGUCUGAUUGCCUAGUCAAUCGGACAUCUAUUUUACCAUCACUGAGUGACUAAAGUUGAUCCUUUUUUUAUGUACAACUUUCCCGUGUGGAAUGCUUGGAAAGUGCCACAAAUUUGGCAACCUCAUUAGAGUCAACAUUUGUAAAACCAUCCGAAUAAUCUUAUCUGGUGCUAUAUUAAGAGUAAUUAUAUGUUUGCAAUAUUAAUUAUUCAUGGCAUAAGGUGGUGGUUUGACCAUGGACUGUACAGGAAAAUGAUUGCAUCAUCACCACCAUCCCAGCAUGGAUGAAAAAGUCGUAUUGUCUUAGUACGUUCCAACACCACGGUAAUUUACGAGAAUUUAUUUAAUCAAGCAUGGACAAUUUAUUUGUCUCUGAAUUACAGCUGUAAUUGGCUGACGUGUACGCUGUUGAGUUGAAAGCCACUCCGUCCGGUUACUAUUGAUUGGCCACAUCUCUAAAGUGUCGAAAAAUGUAUGUCCGAAAACCGUGGAACUGCCCAUGGGAAAAUUUGACCUGUGCUUUGUGCCCACCUGAGUGGACAGAAAACGACGAAUGGCGAGGCUCGGCAGUGGGGGGAAAACUCCUCGCAGGCAGAGCAAACCAGCCACCCUCGACACAAGCCCAACCCUAACAAACGAGCCAACCAGCCGCUUAGCAUUAACUCUUUUCCCGACCCGAUCCGCAAUGCUCCAUAAAACAUUUUCGCUGUGCUCACUUUUCCCCCAUUGAAUGCCUCGUGGUGAUUGGCCCUCUCCAGUAUCGGUGGUAACAGUGGACGGUAGUUUGAGUCGUCGUUAUCAUGGUUCCCAUUCUGUUAGGGGGUGUAUCGACGCACCCGUUCAUCGGUUAAAAUCUACUCUCGCGCAUUCUAAGCUCAUGGUUGCAUUUUUGGGUCAUGGAAUGCAAACAGAACUGUACAAAUUAUAUCACUGAACUGCAGCAAAUGAUACGAUUCAUAUUGUAAAAAUGAGACUAAACUCGGCACUCGCAUUGACACGGCUACCCUGGAUAGUAGCAGUAUUGCAUCACUAUGGGGUGGUAGUGAGGUUAAUCGGGUACAUGCCUCCCACUCUUUGCAAGUGUGCGUGAUAAUGUGUCGAACCACACGCUCCACUCAUAGCAUCCCCUGCUAAUUAUAGGAAUGGAUGUAAAUUGUCAUAAAUCGUUCAUUUUCAUAGCUUCCACCUGUGCCAGUUUGCGGAAGCAUCACCCAUAUUUUUGGCCAUAUCUUCCGUACACCAGUUAUUUUCUAUCCGUCCUCCGCGUCGGAGGAAGUGGCUGCGAAUCAAUCGUAGGCAGCGACUCUCAAAAUGCAACUUUCGUUCCGAAUCUCAAGCACCCUUCGAGUUAUUCGGCUUUGGUCGAUGCUAUCCUUUUAAUUUCGCUUUUAUCUCGGAUGUUGUGCUCCGUCACAAAUUUACGCACGUGGAAGCGAGCCGAUUUUGAUAUUUUUAAAUUUGGCAGCUAUAAACUCUCCGCCGUAUUCCACAGAAUUCUUCAAUUGUGUUUUGAUGUACAAUACAGGAAGAGCGGUAGGACAUUGCGAUUAUGAAUUUUGAUUCUCAAGCUUGUGCUACACGCAUCGAAUUGCGUGUGCGCAUGUAAGAAUCGAUGUUUUACUAUUGUGGCGUUUGCGUCAAGCCUUCCAACCACUAGGGGGCGCCACCAUUAAUCGCAAUGCUACAGAUAUGUUGUAGUUCAAAAAAACCCCAUACAUUAAGCUUUGUGCAAUAUAACAAAAAAAAUAUAACACAUUUUCCGGGAAGGGGAGAACUCUACAAUAUUCGCACAGCGCGCAGUUUGUGUGUACAUUCAUAGACAUGGGGAGGCGGGUUUUCUCGUUAUUUUUACACGGGCAUUUGUGUAAAACUUAACCCAAUUACCCUCUAUUUUAUGAAGUUAAUUUGUAAGGGGUUGUUUUAUUACAGCUCUCACGUGGAAUGUAUUUACUAUAGGAAUAGAUAUAUUUUCUUACCUUUUUUUCUGGAAUGCCGUUGUAACCUGCUUUUUUUUUUCUUCCUUUUUGAGUAUUUUUAUUGUUUUUAAACAUGCAUUCAAAGUGUGCUGUUCAUACCCAUACCACCCAAUGUACAGUUCUGUGUAAAUUCAUGAUAAUGCUGAAUGAUGUGUAUAGAUAUUUGUCAGUCCAUUGCUGGAUGAAGUCCUCCCCACGCCUGCGUCGGUCAUUGGAGGGGUGGGGGCGGUACGAUCAUGCUUCACCAUGCUGGUCAGCGAGGGGAGGCCGAAGACCAGUUCAUUAUAUAUAAAUCGCCACCGAUGUUAGCCGUGGCUGGGGAAACGAACUCAGGUCGCCGGGUUAACUGCAGCGCGCUAAACGCUGCGCUGCCGUGCCACGUUUCUGUAUAGUGACACUAACAUGGACCUUAAUCGUCAUCCAGCAAAGAAAAGAUGAUAACAUUUUUUUAAAGGCUAUAUAAAAUGAAAUUCAACUGUUUGUAUUGAACAAUAAAUUGAACUAGAAGAAAAAUACUUUUUACAAAAAAGUUGAAAAAAAUUUAAAAAUAAUGUACAGUAUUUAUAUACAUUUUUAAGGCUGAUGUACAUUUUAUUUAAGAGGUUAGUGUUUGCGUUUUGACUUUGUAUUCACGCGGUGCUGGAGUCUGUGGGAGCAGUCUUAAUGUUUUGAUAACUGAGUAUUAUUUGCUUAUACACUGUUUUCAGCUGUUCAGAUAUCAACAUAGAACAUGAGACGAGGUGGUGCCUGUUGACGGCAGUACAGCAAGCAGGUUCUUGAAGGUUGUUUGGUGGGGCCCUAAGUGUUCUUCCUCGCAUGUGUGGGUUUUCUACGGACACUCAUGCUUUCGCACCACAAAGAAACACCAACGUUUUGUCCGCGUUACCGUAAUGGCCAGAAAACUAGCAAAGUCCCGCUGGGAAUGAGUGAACUCUCGCGUGCAUUUAACAGUUGCGUACGAUGAAUAAG